AUGUCUAAGGUCGAUAUUGAUGUUUACCAGGAACCUUUAUCAGAUGAUAAUUUUCCGAACUCCAAAGAAGUGGAGCUUGAAGAACCCACCACCGGUGUGCAAAAGGUGCUAAAGUUCUUCAAAAAGCUACUAAAGAAGCUGGAAAUCGACGGAACAGAAGAACUUUCCAUAUCCCAGCUUUUCCUAUACAACUAUGAUUUGAAACCAGUGGAAAGUGCUAGACGUACCUGGAGAUGGUGGAACUUUAUCAACUUUUGGAUUGCCGAUGCUUUCAACGUUAACACUUGGCAGAUUGCAGGAACAGGUGUCACAGCUGGCUUAUCUUGGUGGGUUGUUUGGAUUACGGUGUGGCUCGGAUACUUCUUUGUUGCCUGUUUCAUCACUUUGUCGUCCAGGGUUGGUACCUAUUACCAUGUUUCCUUCCCUGUCUCCUGUAGAUCAUCCUUUGGAAUUUGGGGAUCUUUAUGGCCCGUGAUCAAUCGUGUUGUCAUGGCAUGCGUUUGGUUUGGAGUUCAAUCAGCUAUUGGUUCAAACUGUGUCCAGCUUAUGCUUAUGGCAAUUUUUGGUAAUGAUUUAGAUACUAGGAUACCUAACAAAAUGAAAGGUGAUACCAUUACUUCCUUCGGAAUGCUUUCCUUUUUCAUUUUCUGGUUUUGCCAGCUUCCAUUUAUCUACUUGAGGCCACAUACUGUUAGACACUUAUUUACUGUCAAGGCUAUAAUUUGUCCCAUUGCUGGUUUUUCUUUUCUUAUCUGGACUAUGGUUAAAGCAGGUGGUGGCGGUCCCGUCAUCAGACAAAAAUCCACUCUCAGUGGAUCGGCUUUUGCCUGGGCUUUCAUCAAUUCUACCAUGAAUGCCUUAGCCAACUUUGCUACUUUGAUUGUUAAUGCCCCGGACUUUACCCGUAUGGCAACUACAAGUAGAGCUCCAUUAUGGUCUCAGUUCUUUACCAUUCCAAUCUGCUUUUCGAUUACCUGUUUAAUCGGUGUUUUAGUCUCUUCAGCAUCAACAAUUCUCUACGGUGAGACGUACUGGAAUCCAUUGGAUGUUUUGGGAAAGUUCUUAGUUACAGAGAAAAGUGGUUCACGUGCCGGUGUGUUUUUCAUAAGUCUAGGCUUUGCCAUCGCUCAAGUCGGUACUAAUAUCUCCGCAAAUUCCAUCAGUGCGGGCACUGAUGCUACAGCCCUUCUUCCAAAAUACAUGAAUAUUCGUCGUGGAGGUUUUAUUUGUGCCAUUGUCGGUUACUGCAUUUGCCCAUGGAACCUUUUAAGUUCUUCUUCAAUGUUCACAACCUACCUUUCUGCCUAUGCAGUUUUCCUUUCUUCCAUUGCAGGCGUUAUCUUUGCUGAUUAUUUUGUAUUGAAGAAAGGCUACCUCAAAUUGAAAGAUUUGUACGUUGCUGAUAACUCAAGUUCGUACUACUUCUGGAAGGGAAUUAACUGGAGAGCUUUUGGGGCAUAUAUUUGUGGUAUUCUUCCCAACAUCGUUGGCUUUGUCGGCGCCACCAAAACACAUAAGGUUCCUGAUGGUGCGAUGAAAAUUUACUAUCUCUCUUACUUCACUGGUUACAUUUCAGCAGCAGGUAUGAUGAUUGUGCUUAACCUAAUCUGGCCAAGUAAAGGCAUUCCAGGUAAAAUUCUAGAAAAGAAAUGGCUUGAGGAAUGGCAGGAAGUGGAAGACUUCGAUAUUUUCUUUGCAGCCAAGCGUGGUGAUGCAGAGCCUGUUAUGUCAAAUCCGAAUGAUGAUUUUAUUUGUGGAUAG